AUGUCUGCACCAGAUGGAGAAGUGUGCACCCCCCACCCCACCACCACCAUUCGUGACUCGCAAGCUCAUCAGAACAAGACGUUCUUCUUCCGCCACACGUUGCUCUUCCUGGAGAAGGUGUGUCCUGUUGCCAGAGACGCGUCACCGGGCAACACGGCGAAGUGGGGUUGUGGAAAUGCUUGUCCCGGAACAAAUAGGAAGUAUCAAAGGUUCAUCAGCACUGCGUGCCAGGACUACAUCAUGCCAGAAAACAAAAGCUGUACGCUGCUGCAGCAGUCCAGUUCUUCUGACAAGAAGAAGAAAAAGAAGAAAAGAAAGAAAGCAACUGACUCCACCACCCCUGCAGAAAAUACACAGAAACCUCAGACUGUAUCUUUGCAUCCAGAGACCUCGCUAGUGUCCUUGCUGACCCCUCAGAGUCCCGGUCAGCCCCGAGGCCAGCUGCCAAGGCUCAGAGCUGCUAGCAAGAAGGACGGAGAGCGUCUUGCUGGCAGUUUCCGGAGGAGCAAAAAACACCCAAAGGAUUCACCAGCUCCACUGACAGCAACAAACAAAACCAGCAGCUGUGGAGCUCCAGCACAGGGGCAUCUGUCAGAGCUCUGCACCCAGGCCAGAGAGAGCCUGAGGUGGGAGGGAGUGCUGGAGGACCCCCAGGCUGAGGAGAAGAGGCUGGAGCUGUACAGGGCCAGCCGGCGACAGCGUUACAACGCACAUAGAGAGGCUCUAUUAAAGGAAACCCUGGAUGCCUUGAGACAGACUUUUCCUAAAGAGAGCACAGAGACUGAAUCUGACCAACAAGAGAAUGCGUCACUCCUGCAUUUGAGCAUAGACUGAAUUAAAGAAGCAAAUGAGAGCCUUAUGCUGUUAGUCAUCACAGGCUUUAUUUGUUCACAGUUUAAAAUAGAUUUAGCCAUGGUGAGGCACAGAGUGAAGGUCCUUGGGUGCUGUUAAGACGUUGGACUGAAGACAAACUGAGGAUGUUGCCAAUUCAAUACCCUUUAAAGCACCCGAUAGAGAUGCUUUCUCUGGCAGGUACAAAAUACGUAUCCGCAGUGCCAUGACUGUCAGUAGACGAGGACAGGACAAUCCUCCUGCUGAAUAGGCCUGUUAAAAACUUAAUAGAGGAUUUUCAGAGUUUAUCUUGUGCUUCUAAAUUAUGUAACACUUCCGGAGAAGACCCAAAGUUGAUCUUCCAGGACUGAAACCCUAUCAGGAUAAUACCACUGAACCCCCCCUCACAUCACAUGCAGUUGGUGACAAAGAGGAGGGUUGAAUGUAUGGGGGUUGAUGAUUUUAAAAUAUACAGUAGGUUAGUAUUUCUCUUUUUUCUUUUCCUUCUUUUUCUUUUUUUUUU